UGCUGUUUAGUAUAACGGGUUUUUGAUGUCUUAGUUAUUGUCGUUUUUAUCUACGACGUUACUCACAUCCUAGCGAGAGAAUCAAUUAGGUAUCUUCUGCGCUUGCGCACUGAUCGAGAUCCGUUAGAACGUACUAGUUGCACCAGCCUCGAAAGACUUGCUAUUUGGACAGGUUAUGAACGUGAGAACUAACUUGACUCAACUACCAGGACAGACAACAGUUAGAAUUGUAUAUCGAAAUAUGAAACUUCCACUAGUACUAGCGGUGGUUUGCCAGUUGUUUAUCUCAGUCACUAGCCAGUUUGUAUGCCCUUCGAAGGAAGGUUAUUAUCCUGACCCCAAACAAUGUGACAAGUAUUAUAGAUGUCGUGAUGGAAAACCCAUUGAGCAUUUGUGCGAUGAUGGCUACGUUUUUCCCAUCAAAAACCCUCUUUACUCUCGCUGCGACUAUCCAUUUAACGUCGACUGUGGAGACAGAACCGAACUGCAGCCAGCCCAAGGAUCUAAGAACUGUCCUAGGAAAUUUGGAAUCUUUAUACAUGAGCUCAAGUGCAACUAUUUUAAACAAUGUGUUAACGGAAAACCUUACAUUCGGGAAUGCAGCCAAGGCUUAGUGUUUGAACCUUCAUCUGGAUCUUGUUCGUGGCCACGCAACGUUGUUGGCUGUGAGGAUUUUGUGGCGGAUGCAGAUAUAAUUGAGGAGAGUGAAGAUGAAGUUAUUACUUCCACCCAAGCAGGAGAGUAAAUCGUAUAAAAACAACCACAACUAGAGAAACUGUUACGAGCGUGUCAUAAAAACUUCAUUAAACUUCGUCGUAUCAAGACAACAGAUUGAAAAGAGAAUCAUUUCGUUUCAAGCUGUCAGAAAAUACAC